AAGUUGGUGUGACAUAUCAAAGUGCAACACUUUAAGGGAGUGAAGUUCCAGGGAGUCAAUAGGUUAGGUUUUUCUUUUCGAGAUUGCUCAAAAAAUAAUUCCUUCAUAUUUCCAAUUCUUUGACUGUAUCUUCGUGUCUACAAGCAGAGCAGAUGAAAAGAUGUCUGUUCAGUACAGUGCCUCUACAGUGACAAACAUGGACAUGGACAACAGUAAAGUUGGCUAUAAGCAACUUUUAGGAGAUGGCAGCAAGCUCUCGUUAUCAGUGAAUGCACUGAGAAACAGCCCUUUUAGGACUGCUACAGUGGGUCUUGGGCUGCUGUGUGUUCUUCUGUUGGCUGGGGUCAUAGGUCAGAGUGUGCACAACCGAAAAGUACAGCAAGACCAUCAGAGCAACCUAAAAGCCAUGAGUACUGAGAAAGAGAAACUACAGGAGAACCUGAAGAUAGUGACAAAUGAUAAAAAGAUUUCUGAGGUAGACCGCAAUACGUUACAGCAACGUUACGAUCAAUUAAUUAAAAGCAGAGACCGGAUCCAGUACAACAACGAUAUACUUACCCAAAAAUUAAAUACACUUACGGUUAGCCAAAGCCAGUUACAGGCCACUAAUGCUGCUGCCACUAAAGAGUUAGAACAGCUAAAAGCCAGUAAUGACCAGUUGCAGACUAAUAACAAUGUCUUGACUGCUGCCAAAGACUUGUUACAAAAACAUUUCGAUACAGUGCUCAAACGCAAAAAUGAGGCACAGGCCAAUUAUGAGUCAAUGACCAAAGACAGGGACAAUUUACAGAACAAAUUCAAUAAUAUAACCAGAACAAAGGAGCAGCUGCAGAUGAGUUACAACAACAUGAUUAAGAAGGUAGAGCAUUUGCAAGACAGAUACAACUUCACUACCAAUGAGAAAAACACCAUAGAAAGCAGUCACCAAAACCUGACGAUAUCGAAAGAAACUCUACAGGCCACGUACAACCUGCUGGUGAAAGAAUGUGAUGAGUUGCGCACUUCUUACACAUCCAAGGUUCAGGAAAAGAACGAGCUUGAAAGCAGUUGCAAGAAUGCAAUUGUGGAGAAAGAGCUGUUGCAGAUGAAAAAUGGCAACCUGACUGCUGAGAGAGACGAGCUGCAGGUGGAGCUUGAGAAACUGAAGAAAAUAGCUUUAGUUUCACCUAGGAAGUGCCCCACUGGCUGGAACAGGUUCGAGUACAGCUGCUACUUCACCUCAGUUGGCAAGAAAAACUGGACUCGGAGCAGAGAAUACUGUCAAAGCAAAGGCGCAGACCUGGCAAUCAUAAAAAGCCAAGAGGAAAGGCGCUUCAUCAAUGGCUUGUAUUCCAGUGAUAAAGAAGUCUGGAUUGGAUUGACUGAUGAAGGAGUAGAAGGGCAUUGGGUAUGGGUAGAUGGGACACCACUGACCACAGCGUACUGGGAUAAAGGCCAGCCCAACAGCUACAGCGGGAGGAACCAGGACUGUGUGGAGUUCUGGCACCGUGCGACAGGGUACGGCGACUGGAAUGACGAGAACUGUAACAUAGAACAAAACUUUAUCUGUGAGAUGUAAUUUUCCUGUACAGAGAGGCGUUUGGCUAGCCAUGCUGGCCACUGUCUGGUACUAAUGAUCAUUAUGCAAUAUCAGUGUCAAUUUUAUAUGACCAAUUUACACAAAAUGACACACAGCAUUGCCAAUAGCUAAAGCCUGAAAUGUACUGUUUUGUGAUGAGUAUUGUAUUAUCGAGUUAAAUUUAGCAGAUGGCCUAUCUUGUGCUGGAGCAAACUAUCUUGGUGAUGUGGAACUAGCUGGCUUUGAAGGGACUAAGAUAUCUGUACAUACUGUAGAAACAAUUAUUUUAGUAUAACUCAUUUAUGGAGUUUAAUCGAAAAAUGUGUCUUCUGGCUCCAGGCCCUGGUCUGCCAACAGCUAAAAGAGAGGCAAACAUGGUGAAAGUGAGAGAUUUCUUAGUUUACCAAUGUUGGCAACUUUGCGUGGCUGCUUGUGUGACCAGUUAGGAACAAGUCCAUCAGGUUCACACAUAACCCAAUAUAUAUUAACAACCAUUUAACUAUUUAAAUUAACACGUGAAAAAAGGCUGCUUAAGUUUUAACGGAAAUGUUUAGUUGUUGCUUAUUUUCUAUUCUUAUAAACACAUUUUAUAUAUUGAUUCAUGUAAACACAUAAUAAAGGGAUUUAAAUAAAAGAAUUCACCUUGUGCCACUAGUGUAAUGGAUCACACUUUGUAGUUUGUCAGUAUGCUUCAGUAAUUUGGAUGGUUGCCCCAUUUCUAUAACAUGACUAGGUCAAAACCUAAUAUGUGGCUGGUUAAUGUGCUAAAUUGUGGGCAAAUUGUUACACAAACAGUAGGGGCAUCGAAAGUAAUCAUUGUAUCGAUGUGUGGCGAUACGGACGUGGAUGAUUCUGCAUGGAUGCAGUGACAGACCAUAAUCAGUUAUUGCCUACUGAUGUUGCUUGUUGAUUGUCCACUCGCUGCUUUUUUUGUUUUUGCCUUUUGUCUGUUGACUGUUGUGUUCAGCCUCAGAUACAAUAAAAAGGGGAUUUCA